AUGCCUUCCCACGGUCAAUAUACCACUGAAAAGGUCAAAUAUCUCUCUCAUGGGGAGACUGUCAGUGGAGUCCUUUUUCGUCCCACGGAUGUCACUAAACCACCCGGUAUUGUUAUCACCGGCCCAUAUUCUUUUGUGAAAGAACAAGCGCCGCUGCAAUACGCAACCCGUCUCGCAGAUGAAGGCUACGCCGCGUUGAUCUUCGACCCCCGCACGGUUGGUGAAAGCACCGGGCAACCCCGACGACUGGAAAAUCCGAAAAUGAAAAACGAGGACAUGGUCGCAGGACUUGACUACCUAUCGACACGCGGCGAUGUCAAUCCAGCCCGGCUCUUCUUAGUCGGGAUCUGCCAGGGCGGCCCUGAAUCUCUGGAUGUGGCAUCCUACGAUGGCCGGGUUGCAGGCGUGGCCUCAGUCUCGGGAUACUAUCGAGACCAUGAAACCGACAUCUAUAUGAUUUGCGCUGGGUGUGUUGCGUGGACGCCUGGCGCGGAUAUCGCGGCGAUGAAAAUGCCCACUCCCGAACAGGGAGAAGCCCUGUACAAAGCACGACUCGAGCGAGCUAAAAAAGCCCGUGAAUUGUACGACAAGACCGGGGAAGUGGUGUAUCAACCGCUGGUUGAUCCGACGCCCGCUGACCCGAAUACCGGGUCACUAGCCGGCCUUCCAGGACCAGUUGUUUGGUCCUGGUAUGGGCCGUGGACAUUAAAGGGAUUUGAGAACCGAUACGCGGUGAUGAGCGACUUGGACCACUUUGACUAUACCACCGUUCCUGGCGUUGCGAAGCUGAACAAGCCGACGCUGGUGAUCCACGGCGACAACUGUAUGAAUGCGGCGGCUGCUAAGCGCCACUACGAGUCCAUUCCCACAAGUCAGAAAAAGUUGAUCUGGAACAACGAGGUUUCCCACUUCCAGCACUAUGACCAGCCGGAUUGUGUUGAUCGCAAUGUGGGAGAUAUUGCGGCCUGGUUUGCGGAGAUCAAAUAG